AUGGGCAGACGAUCGUUUAAGCAAUUAGUGGAACAAGAACUCGGGGGUGUCCCCAAGUUCUUCAUUUACGCAGUUCUCGAAUGGGUGAUGAUCUUCAUGUUGUUCAUAGGCGGGUUCGUUGCGUUUCUCGCGUACGAAUUCGCCCGGUUCUUUGAGUUGCCAAUCCCAUGUUUGCUUUGCGCGAGGCUCGACCUGCUCGGGACGACUGACGACCUGCGUUACAACGAAUCGAUAUGCGACAACCACAAGAAGAGCGUGUCGUGUCUCGCCUUCUGUCAUGUCCACAAGAGGCUUUCCGACAUCCGGAACUUGUGCGAGAGCUGCCUCCUGUCGUUCGCGACAGAGAGGGAAACCGAUUGCGAUAGGUACAAAUCUCUAGUGGGGAUUUUACACAAGGAUGUCGGUCAGUUGUUGGUCGACGAAGACAACGAAGUACAGCACUCGUUGCCUGCUGCCGGUGCUAAGAAAGAUGAAAGACCGGCGAGUUUUGAGAAGAGCAAUGAGCAUCGUUGUACCUGCUGUGGGCAUCCAUUGAAGGUGGAAUCCACCGAUUCCAAGGGCAGAAAUUCUCCCCUGUCUUCCCUUGCUCUGUCUCCGUCGGCCGAUCAUUUUUCGCCGGAGAACAAUGAUCGCUCAAGGGGAUUAACCCUUGAUAAGCCACUGAAGGAAGAUGGCAAGGGUGGUACAAUGCCAAUGGUUCCGGAGGGUGAUGAAGAAGACAAGACCCCCACCUUUACGAAGAGCAACAAGUUCUUCGGCAUCCCCUUAUCGGAUUCCUCCGCUGACAGUCCCCAGUGGGCCAAAACUCCGAGGAAGAUACUGCUUCACACAUCGGAGUUCGCCGCCGAUUGUAACGACGAAGUCCAUAUCCCCAGCAGUCCCCACAUGGGCCGGAAGUCAUUGAUGGCAUUGUACAUGGAACUCGACGAAGAACGCAACGCCUCCGCCGUGGCAGCCUACAACGCGAUGGCGAUGAUCACCAGGUUACAAGCAGAGAAAGCGGCGGUUCAAAUGGAGGCAUUGCAGUACCAGAGAAUGAUGGAAGAACAAGCCGAGUACGACCAAGAAACACUGGAAGAGAUGACCAAUCUGGUGGCCAAAAGAGAGGAGGAACUCAAUGACUUGGAAAUUGAACUCGAGGUUUACAGGGCCAAAUACGGACGUCUACAGGAAAGUGAUUUCGAAAAGCAUGAACAAAGAGACGAGAACGACGAAGUAAACAUCACCACGAACAACAAAGGCGAUGACAACGACAAUAACCGGGAAGUGAAAACGUCAACGCUUUCGUCCUCCAAUGGCGACAAACCCGAAACUGCACUCAUUACUGCUACUAGGAAAAACUGGACGACUCAGCAAGAUCAUCAGUCUGAGUCAAAUUCCAGUAAUCCAAACAAGGUGGAAACUGCAGAAGCAGCAGCCAUGGACAAAACCAAGAAAGUGGGAACUGAUUCAGAUCUGACGGUGGAGAAGACGGGAGGGGAAGCCACAGCCAAAUCCAAGAAAGCAAUGCGUCAAAUGGAUCGGAUGAAAAUUCUAGAGAAGAAAAUGCACAUUUCAACAAUGGGAAGGUUUCAGAGGCAAAAUAGUGAGAUUGGCGAAGACUUUGAAGAAUAG